AGAUUUACUCAGGACACGAAAGUUCGGUUUGUAGCCCCGAAGAAUAUCGCUACUUUUCCUAUUUCGCGUGCGUCAGAGUUGGCGUCAUCUUUCACAUCCGAGUUACCCUUGAGCGCAUGCGUAUUUACCCUAUGUCGACGUCAGCUUUUAGAACAUACGUGGCCUUUACAUAGAGCAGUCACAUAAAUAGGUCUUCAGAAGAGAACUCCGGAUCAAAACUUUUCCAACAUGGACCAAGUAAUGCAAUUUGUGGAGCCCAGCCGGCAGUUUGUGAAGGACUCAAUUCGGCUUGUGAAGAGGUGUACCAAGCCAGACAGAAAAGAAUUCUCAAAGAUUGCAAUGGCCACAGCAAUAGGUUUUGCUAUCAUGGGUUUCAUUGGUUUCUUUGUCAAACUCAUCCACAUCCCCAUCAACAACAUCAUUGUUGGUGGUUGAAUAUCUCCCCGGACUGACUGACUAGCUGCAACAAGACAUGGGCUCAAAUGCCGAGAAGUGUUUGUAUAUUAUUGUCUUCAGUUCAUAUUUGUUUGCUCUGUAAAUAAAUCUGGCUUAGUAAGAA